CCUCUCACUCCAUCAUUUUCAUCUUUGGCUUCGAUUUCAUUUUCGUUUUUGUCUCAAUGGCUUCCGAUUUCAUCUUUGUCUCUGAUUUCAUCUCUUUCUGUUUCAAUUUCAAUUUCGAUUUCGAUUUCGGUGGCUCACUCAUAUGAACGUUGGAUUGUCCCUUGGAGGAAGACAUUCUCUCUUUUGAUUUCCUCGUUCUCCCUAAAAUCAAGUAAAACUACCACUAGUAUCGGCACUUUGCUGCUACAACUGUGGAGAGUCAGGGCACUUUGCUAGAGAAUGCCCAACUAAUGCUCGUUGAAUUUUAGGGUUUUAUGUUUAUGAUUUGCUUUUAAGUUUUACUUGAAGAUGUUUAGGGUUUCAGUGGCAUGUGUCAAACUAUUUUCAUUAGUAGAAUAGGUGUGUCAAGAAUAAUAAAUACUCACCUGGAGAUAUUCCAGAUAACCAAUUCCAUCGUCACUCCAAUAGUUCCAAAUAUCAUUGUUGUGACCUGGUCUCUCUUCCCAUGCUCCAAUUGUAUCUUUCCACUGAUAUUUAUUUUGCAGAUGAUAUCCUUCAACGUAGGUGCCACUUAAUUAACGCAAUGGACAAGGAUAAAUAGAGUUAAUUAGAUUUUAUAAUUUUUAAGUGAAUCUUAUAUAUUGCUACCUCAAUGUAUAUCUAAUUACAUAGAAUUUGAACAUACCAGGAAAUCUCAUAAACUUUGGUUUCAAAUUUGCCACCAUUUGAAAAAGAUCCUUUCGGAAGCCAUGACCCUGUUUGAAGAGAAGAUAUUUAAUUCAUGUGAAGAAAAAGUAGAAUAAAACAAAAUAGAUUAACAAAGGGUCAUUAAGGGAUAUGUUAAGCGUAAUUACUCAUUGUGAUUUGUUAUUUAGCAUAUUCUUAUUCAUUCUUUAGAUGAUAACAAAGAAUUACUCUAUCAUUAUUGAUUUUUUUUAAUUGAAUAGCUGCAUCUGUUGAUUUAUAAGGUAUGUUUGUCUGUUUUACUAACCAUGUAAGUGUCCAAUGGCAUGACUGAGAUUUGGUCAAACAGGUCAAACAGGUUUACAAAUGGAGUCUCGUUUUACCUGAGAGAUAACAACUUCCAUUUUCAACAUUUCUAGUAGAAAAUCACUACUGAGUCUAUUGAACCUAUGAUUAUACAUUAAAUUACAGAAAAAAUUAAAUGGUAAAUCUAAUUAAGAAUUUAGUCUUUAGAUGAAGUCUUUUUUAGGAACAGAUGAAAGACCUUCCCUUCUCAACGUUUCUAAUAGAAAAUCAGGCAAAGUGUCUAUAGGUCCUGGUAAGCACCAAUGCACACAAUCAUUAGUUAAGUUCUGGUGUGGCGAGUGGCCAUAGUUAUUGGGGUGACCAUCUGGCCUCAGUAACAUAGCCUGUGUGGUGUCAAGUAACAUGAAUUUCAAACCUCUCUUCACACCUUUUUUCUCAGCACGUUUGAACUCCUGCACCUGUAUUGUGUGUAACUCAAGAUUGUAACCCUCCAACCUUGUUUCACUACUCUUAAAUGACCACCUAAAGAUGAAGAAAAUAUCAACCAAGAAGAAAAUGUCAACCAAUAAAUCUUCUACAUGGGGACAUGUAGUUACACCUGCAGGUCAUCAUCAAUCUCAUUCAGGAACCUUGAAAGUAAGGAUAUCUUCAACUAGCCAACCCCGAAUUGCACCUCAAUCUAAUUCUCAGCCACCACAUCAAUCUUUUCCUGUAUCUGAACCAACAAUAUCAACUACAUUCAUAUUUUGAAAAUGAAGAGGAAGAAAAUAAGGAGAUUGAGUUGCAAGUAGAUGAACAAAGGCCUGCAACCCGAAAAAAAGCAUGGUUUGUUAAUGUGAUUGAUGAUCAAGGAAAGAGAAUUACAAAACAACUACGAACCAAUGAUGUGUGGCAUUUACCUCCUAAUGAAAGGAUUAUUGUGCAGUUGAAUAAUGAGGGUCAACCAAUUGCAGAUGGGGGAGCAUUAUUGAAUAGGUUCUUAGGUAGCAUUGCAAGAAACUCUAAUUCUCUUCCCAUUAGCUAUUCUAGUUGGAAGAAGAUUCCUAAAGAUUAUAAAGAAGAUGUACUUAAGAACACUAUCCAGGCUAAGUUUGAUGUCCAUUCUGAUGUUCAUAUAAGCCACAUCCUCAAAUCACUUAACAUAAAGUAGAGAGACCAUCGACAAGAAUUGUGGCAACUUAGAAAUGAUGGAACACGUACUAGAGAUGAAUUGAUUGCAAUGGCUCCAGCAGGAAUAGAUAGAGAUCAUUGGGCUUCUUUUGUGGAUUAUCGACUAAAUUCAAAAACGAAGGAGCAUGCUCUGAAAAAUAAAGAUAAUAGGGCAAAGCAAACCAUUGCUCACACAUGUGGAUCUAAGAGCAUUGCAAGGAAAAGAGAUGAAAUGGAAAAAGAGUGUGGCCAUAGUGUUAGUAGAGGAGAGGUAUGGAUAGCAACACAUAAACAUGCUAAUGAAGCCUUUGUGAGUGAUGAAGCGAGGGAAAUCAGUGAAAAAAUUCAAGUAUAUGAAUCAACAUCAUCAUCAUCUGUAUCAAAAGAAAUAUCAAGUAUUGAUUCCUUAGCUUUUGCUUUUGGAAGCCAAGAACAUUGUGGACGUGUUAGGGGUUUGGGUUUGGGUCCUUGCCCAUCUAAAGUGUUUGGCUCCAAGGGUCAUUCAUAUAGUGGAACAUCUUCAAGUUAUCCUUCUAAUGCUCAGUUACAAAAUCAGGUUUCUACAUUGACAUCCCAACUCAAUGAAAUGAAGGCAAUGGUUAAUUUUUUGGUACAAAAUUACCAAGGAGAGUUGCCUCAUGAUUUUACUAUGCAUCAUGCACCAACGGUAUCUGAUCAAGGAAGUGUUCCUAAUGAAGAAACAAAUGAUCAACAUCAAGCCCCGCAUUAGACGUUAUUAUUUGUUUACUUUUAGAAUAUGUCAACAAAUAUGCCUUUAGGAAACUUUUGGUUAAUUAUGCUAAUGGGGAACAACUAUGAUUUCCUUUUACAUUUUGGUUCACUGGUGCACUUGCUUAUUAUGUCAUUAUCAUUCAAAUGUUAUCUCUCCAACACUUAUUAUAUUAAGAGCAUUAUGACUCCUAGUCCAUUACUAGUACCAUUUGAAUGAAUAUUUGUAUUGAUUGCUUA